AUGGAGAAAAGUAGGAUGAACCUGCCCAAGGGGCCGGACACGCUGUGCUUCGACAAGGAUGAGUUCAUGAAGUGGCUGCCUCCUGGUGAAGACAGCAGUGUGAGCCCUGCCAUGGCCCACCUGAAGCAUCAGAGCACUGCGAGCAGCCUACUGGACCACAGGGGCGGCCCCGACCAGAGCCCCAACAGGGACUCCAGCUCUGACUACAUGAACAACACCUCGGAGGAGAAGGACUACAACUUGGGGCUGCCCGAAGAGGAGGAGGGCAUUACCUGCUACAUCCACUACUGCCCCAAGGACGACAGCUACCUGCAGGGAGGCUGUGGAGGAGUGGACGGAGCUGGGGCCCAAGACUCCCCCAAGGCCUGCCCACCCACCGAGGCCGGCCGCGGCCCCAGCAGACACAGGUGCAGACCCAAACACAAGGGCAGGCCCAAGUCUCUGAACCUCCCUCCCGAGGCCAAGCACCCUGCCGACGUCCAGAGGAGCUUCAAGACCAAGACCAGGACCUCGGAGGAGUGA